AUGGCCGCUUAUUCUAAGUCUCUCUUUAUACUUGCAAUCAUUGUCUUGCUGACUUGUGACCGAAGCAUCGUUGCAACAGCAAUCCCACACAUAUCCAACGAUUUCCGCUCCCUAAAUGGUAUUGGAUGGUACGGCAGCGCAUACACGCUGACUUCCUGUGCCUUUCAAUUGUUCUUCGGACGGAUCUACACCUUCUACUCCUCAAUAUGGGUCUUUCUCGCAGCUAUCGUCCUAUUCGAAAUUGAAUCUGCUCUCUGUGGAGCCGCUCCAAACUUGAUUGCCUUCAUUGUUGGCCGAGCAAUCGCUGGCAUUGGUUCUGCUGGAGUCUUCACUAGCGUGAUAAUCAUUGUUACCCAAACAAUACCGCUGGCGAGGAGAGGCGCUUAUUCCGGAAACAAUCAGAAAAAAAUAAACCAGCCCGACCCCAUCGGGACGGCCCUUUUCACCCCCGGAGUCGCGUGUCUGCUGUUGGCCCUGCAGUGGGGUGGUUCAACAUACGCCUGGCAAUCUGCACGAAACAUAGUCCUCUUCGUCUGCGCUGGCAUUCUCCUCCUUAAAAACCCUACUGUCCCCCCUCGCAUUACCACCCAACGUAGCGUCGCUUCCGGUUUCUUCUGCGCAUCCUGCAUCGGUUCCGCGAUGAUGAUUUUGGUUUACUUUGUGGCGAUCUGGUUCCAGGUUGUUGAAGAUAUCACUGAGUACGAGUCUGGAAUCGGCAUGUUGCCUCUGGUUUUAGCAUUUGUCGUGGGGAGUGCCAUGAGUGGUGGCCUUAUUUCUGCUGCUGGCUACUACACGCCAUUUAUAAUCCUCGGGACAGUAUUGAUGACUGUUGACGACAAAGGCGCAAUGGAUCGGCUACCAAGUCUUAUUCGGGUUGGUCGAUGCCGAGACAUGCAAGUGCCCAGCAUGGCAGCGCGGACUGUUCUCAGAAACGCAGACGUACCCAUUGGCGCCAGCCUCGUGCUCUUCGCGCAAUGGCUUGGAGGAGCUAUCUUCGUUUCUGACUUGCGAGCACUCCUGGAUUCGACCCCCAAGUACGUUACGAGUUGCGGUGCCACGGACCUGAGGGCCUUUGUUCCACAGCAAUUCUGA